GCAGCAAGAUGGCGGCGCAACAGCAACCCCGAGAGGGCGUCACGCAGUUGGCGGGGCCCGCGGCGGAGGCCGACCCCCUCGGCCGCUUCACUUGUCCUGUGUGCCUAGAGGUGUACGAGAAGCCGGUGCAAGUGCCCUGUGGACACGUCUUUUGCUCUGCAUGCCUGCAGGAAUGUCUGAAGCCAAAGAAACCUCUCUGUGGGGUGUGUCGCAGCGCUCUGGCACCUGGCUUCCGAGCUGUGGAGCUCGAGCGACAGAUCGAGAGCACAGAGACUUCUUGCCAUGGCUGCCGUAAGAAUUUCUUCCUGUCAAAGAUCCGGGCCCAUGUGGCUACCUGUUCCAAAUACCAGAAUUACAUUAUGGAAGGUGUGAAGGCCACCACUAAGGAUGCAUCUCUUCAGCUAAGGAAUGUCCCAAACCGUUACACCUUUCCCUGUCCUUACUGUCCUGAGAAGAACUUUGACCAGGAAGGACUCGUGGAGCACUGCAAAUUAUCCCACAGCACAGACACCAAAUCUGUGGUUUGUCCAAUAUGUGCCUCGAUGCCUUGGGGAGACCCCAACUACCGCAGUGCCAACUUCAUAGAGCAUAUCCAGCGCCGGCACCAGUUUUCUUAUGACACCUUCGUGGAUUAUGAUGUUGAUGAAGAGGACAUGAUGAACCAGGUGUUGCAGCGCUCCAUCAUCGACCAAUGAGCGGAGUCCUUGCUGUCUGUACGUGUUAAGUGUGAACCUUUGAUUCCUACACCUUACCUUCUUAGCCACCUUACCUGCACAACAGGCCUGGAAACGAGCCAUGGCAUGGGGCAGGGUCACUUCCGAUGGGGGGGAGGGUCCCUAGGUCAGAGCCCUCUUUGUUUUGGGCUCUUUCCAAAGCUGUCUUCUCCACUGUUAACCUUGUUUAUCAUAUGGUUUAGUCUUACUGGUUCUCAGCUACUUCUUGGAGCUUCUGCCUCUUCUGGAAGAAUAUCCAGCUUUCCACCUCCACAUAUUCCUGUUUCCCAUUUGUCCCUCCUGUCCAGUGUUCAUUUCUCAGGUCCUCUGAGCCAGUCAGGACCUUUUCAGGGUCAUAAAUAGCACAAUAAGACAAGCAUUUGCUUUCCUUGUCCCUGAGGCAUGUGAACUCUGGCAUUAGUGCAUCUGAACAGAGCCAAAACCCCUCUGUGCUGCCAAGCUUGCCUGCCGGUGGGUUUUGGCAGCAUCCCAGGAGACAUUUCAAGAGCUCUCUUGGGGCAAACAUUCUGGGUUUCACAUGAUCUGAUGCUGGAAGUUUUGAUUAAUAAUAUUUUCCUAUGCCUCUUGCACACCUUUAGAAUUAACUGGUUCCGUCUUAAAUGCCUGCAUGGUGCCUUUUUAGGAUAUAUUUUUAGUGGGAGUGUUUCUAGGUUAGGAAAGUUCAAAUGCAUUUAUUCGUAAGUGGGGAGGAGGGUCACAUAAAGGUGGGAAGGCUGUAGCCUGUUGUGUGCCUCUCUAUUGAGAGCCACCCUGCUUUCAUUCUUGUUCUGAGGCAUGAAAAGCAGCCCUCAAAUAAUGAAAGAGGUUUGGGGCUCCAGUGGCUACUAGUACUUUUAUUUUUUAACUUAGAUUAAAUCUAGCACACAUGGUUUCCUUAUGACACUGAUUUCAACUUGUAAAUCUGUUUCUAGAACUCUGCCUUUCAAUGCAGAAAGAGGCUCUAGGGAACCCAGUGUCGCACCCUGUUUGUGCUAUUAGGCAGGCACGAAACAUCUAUAAGCAGUUAGAGAAGUUUACUUCAGUAGCAGCUCAAGAUGCUUGAAGUUCACUUGAAGCUUAAAUACAAGGCUCUGAGCUGUCAGCUUGAUCUGCAGGAGCAGGUCCUCAAACUGACCAAAAGGCAUGUGCAUUUGGGUUUGUUCUCUUACAUUGCACAUCUCGAACUAAAUACGGAAGUUUCUUUUCUGGUCCAUGGCUGAGGUUGCAAGUAGUGGUGGGCUUUGCUCCAUGCACGGCUGCUAUGGGCCUCUCCCCUCCCGCCAGGGAAGGGGGAUGUCUAAUAACCAGCAAAGAUGGGGCCCAUUUGGGGCAAAAUAAUUUUUUCUAAUGUUAUUACUUGGAAGGAUCCAAAUGUUGAGGUCUGCUACUUCACUGUAAUCUCUGGAAAAAGUUAACUUAAGCCUCUGAAUUGAGAUCAUCUCGGUAGAAGCUGGGAGAGAAGAGAAGUUGGACAAAACCUUCACUUGAGGGAACUGAGAAGAACACGUCCAUCUCACUGAUGGAACUGAGAAACUUUUCCUUGUAUUAAGUGCACUUCAUGUAUUUCUAAUAAGAUGACUUUCCAGAAAGUGGAAUUUGUUAUGUUCUGGCUUUUAAGAGGUGAUACAAAUAAAUUUCAUAAUUUAUCCAACUGGUAGGUUGUAAUGUGUGUUUUCAUUAAAUACCAUUUGCUGCAAUCUGGGCCUGGGCAUUCCAGGUUAUUUACUCUGAAGGGGAGAUCUUGUCUGUCCCUGAGUCCACCCUGGCUUCUAGUCACAGCUCUAACGGACACUUUACCACCUGGGCCUCCCAGGGCUCAUCCUCUGGAAAACAACCCCCACUUCUCACCAUUGGGAAGCAGUGCUCCAUAAAACAAAGUUAUAGACCUUCGACCUUAGCUGUGUUCAAAUAAUAUAGCAGCAGUGCUGAGACAUUGGGGUGAAGGCUUUCUGCAUGCUGAAACGUCAGGUCAUGGAUGUUGAAGUGACACACGCUGCCAGUAGCUAACAUUGGGCAAAUGCCUCUUUCUAAACAUAACAAUGAUCUGCCUCUUAAGGAUAUUAGGGUUCAAGGGGCAGUGGAUGCAGAACCCUGGCCUAGUGUUGCACUGUGGUUACUGCUGGUUUUGUCUCCUGGGUUUCUCCAUUCCCAUCCUUGUCCUAUAGGGACUUUAUUUUAUUUUUGCUGUACUGAGGCUUGAACUCAGGGCUUCGUUGCUGGCUAGGCAGAUGCUCUACCACU